GCGCGCGUCCACGCUCCGCGCCGCGAUACGACUCGACCCGAACGAGUCGAACCCCGCGCGGCGUCCUCCCGCGUUGUCGCUCGCGCGAACCCGCGCGCUCUCGAGGACCGUUUGCGCCGCGCGCGCGCGCUCCCCGCGGUUCGAUCGAACGCCGCGCGACCUAAUUCCGAACGCCCCGCCAUGUCAUCAGUCACGCGAUCAGGAGCGCUCUCCUCCGCGGAGGAGGGUUCCCCUCUUCUCGAGCGUCCGCUCGCGCGCGAGACCCCUCGCGGGGCAUCGCGCAAGGUCUGGAUCGCCGCGCUCGCGCUCGUCGCGCUCGUAUCGUGCGGCGUCGCCGCGGCGGCGACGACGACGACGUGGGGGCGGGGCCGCGUUGGAGAUAUUUCUUCAUCGUCUGCUGCGGCGCCCGAUUUGGGGAGGCUGGGCGUCAACCCAGAUGAGGGCGUCAACCCAGUGUACUCCAGUAUACAUUCCCUAGACCAUAAGGGAAGGUUUAGCGCGUCGUCGACGAAGACGAAAUCGGCGGUGGACGCGGCGUUGCUCGCGGUGAACGCGCACCACCCCCGCGCGGGUGAUAAGAAGAACGGCCCGAAGGUCGACUCGACGCCCCCGUCGAAAUCGAAAACGUUCGCGUCGGAGGCGAAGGCGGCGACGACCCUCACGCCGGAAGAGAUCGCGACCGCGGUGAAGGACGCCAACGACGCGAUCGAAGCGUCGAUCGCGAAGAACCGCACCGCCGCGGAGUAUCAGGCGGCGAACGUCAACCGCGAGUGGUCGGAUACGUUUUACAAGAUGCAAAAGGCGACGAACGGGACGAAGAACGCGUGCGUCGUCGCGAGUCAUCCCGCCGCCGCCGACGCCGACAUGGCGUGCGACGCGUCGACGGCGGCGAUGUACGAGGCGACGACGUCGGCGCCGAAGCGCGCGGCGAUGAUCGACGCGGACGUCGCGGAGAAUCGCACGCGGCAUCGCGCGGGCAUUCGCGCGAAGCGAAAGCACAAGCGCGCGUUGAACGAGAUCGUGAAGAACGACGACGGCUCCGUCUCGAACCUGGGCGUGCCCUACGUCCCUCCUACUAACCCGGACGUCGUGCCUCGGCUCGGCAGGUUCUCGCUGGACGGCUUAACGAGCCUGUUCGAGGGCGCGAGCGGCGCGUGGGGCGACGCGACGCACGUCGCCGGGCUCGUCCAGGACGGCGGGUUUUCCUUUUUCGAAUCCGACGAGGGCGUCAACGAAGGCUCGGGGUUCUGCUGGAAAGAGACGUACCCGCGCGACGCCGGGACGCUGCCGCAACACUGCGAGGACCACCAGGAGAUCAUCGCCGGCGGCGUGUACUGCUACGACAAGUGCGAGGACGGCUGGGAGCGGUUCGGGUACGACUGCCACAAGAGUUGUCCGAGCGGCUGGGAAGACCACGGGUUGCUGUGCAACAAACCGAGCUCCGUGUACUCGCGCGCGCACAGCCCGGGGUGCCAGUGGGUCAGCAGCACGUCGUACUGGCCGCACUGGGCCGGUCUCGAGUGCGGCGGGUCCGUGUGCUCGAGCCAGAACAAGGAGGACAUCGCCGGGCAGUGCUACGAGUACUGCCCGUCCGGGUACGACACGAUCGGGUUCCUGUGCUCGGCGAAUUGCCAGAGCCUCGGCUUCGAAGGCGGCGUCGCGCCGUCGUGCACGCAGCACGUCAAGCUCUCGCCCGGCAUGACCAAGGCGCAGUGCGCGCCCGGGUACGAGGAAGACGCGGGGCUGUGCUACAAGCAGUGCCCGGAGGGGUUUGACGGCGUCGGCCCCGUGUGCUGGGGCGGGCCGCCGAUCGUGAACGGCGUGCAGUGGGUCGGGUGCGGGAUGGGCGCCGCCGUCGACGACUUAACGUGCGCGUCCGUCACCGCGGAUCAGAUCAUCUCCGUCGGGGAGACGAUCCUAUUCUUCGCGACGCUGGGGUCGUCCAGCGCCGCGACGGUCCCCGCGAAGGCGGGGAUCGAUGCGGCGCAGACCGCCAUCUCCGUCGCGGGGGACACCGCGAACGCGAUCAGGAAAGUGGGCGAGACGGCGAUGGACGUCUACGACACGUCGACGGAUAUCCUCGGCGCGCUCGACUCGAUGACGUCGAUCGAGACGGAGGCGGACGGCAUCCGCGCCGCCGCGGAGGUGGCGUCGCUCGUCGACCCGACCGGGCUCUCGAGCGUCGUCGCCGCGUACGCGCACGACAUCUGCACGCGUUUCACCGGCGACUCGGACGAGGAGAUGUCGUUCGACGAGCAGAGCGCGAUCGCGACGGAGAACGCGAAGAAGGAGCACUACGAGGAAAAGGCGCUCGAGAGCGUCAAGACGUGCUACUGGACGGACGCGAAGACGGUCACCGCGACGUCGCAGUGCGCGCACGACGCGUACGAGAGCGCGGGCGGCGACGCCGCGGACGCGGCGGAGCUGCGCGACGAGAUGCGCGAGCUGCUGCGGCGUUCGGACGACGAGGGCGCGCGGUUCGGCGCGCUGCCGAAGACGACGGUCACCGCGUCGGGCGCGUCGUUCGCGUGCGACGACGCGAGCGAUUUCAUCGUGGACGAGGUGGAGAUGUUCGGGAAGUGGAUCGCGGGGAGCGGGGCGUCGUACGCGAAGAAGAAGACCACGUCCGCGAGCGGCGGUCUGGUCGUCGCGUUGAACGCGACGAAGGAAGAGGAGGAGGGCGACGAAUCGUCCUCCUCCUCGCGACGAUACGUCGUCUCCCACCACGCGGGCGACAGAUGUAAGAUGGUGCGGUUCUCCAUCUCGAGAGCGAGCGGCACGUGCACGUACGCCGCGGACGAAGCGGGGAUCACGAUCGGCGGGACGCACGACUGCGAGACCGCCGAGGGCGUGGCCGCGGCGUGGGACGCGCGGCAGUCCAAAACGCUGGCGUCGACGGCGACGGCGAAGGGAUUCGGCGUCGGCGCGCUGAAGGGAUACAUGCCGAACGUCGCUUCCAAAAAAACGCUUCCACUGCGAUGAGCGUCUCGUCGUCGCGCGGCGUGGUGAUGAAGACCCACGGGGCUAUCCACGGGGCUCGCUCGCGCUCGAGCGAGACCCACGGGGCUAUCCACGGGGCACCAACGUGUUCAUUUUGUAUAUACCUUAAGAAAAAGAAGAAGAAGAAGAAGAAGAAGAAGAAGAAGGUAUUUCGAAGAAGAAGAAGAAGAAGAAGAAGAAGAAGAAGGUAUUUGGGUACAUGCCGAACGUCGUCGCCGCCGCCGGCGCUGCGCGAUGAGCGUCGUCGUCGUCGUCGUCGCGCGUGGUGAUGAUUAUGUUGUAUAUAUCAUUAUGAUGUGUUCAUCAUGUAUAUAUUUGUAAUAUACGUACCUUCGGCCGU